CGAAUCAAAAUGAGGAGAACGUACAACACUGCAGCAGAUGUCCGAACCACUGAUUGUCUCGAACAAACGAGACGUUUACACAAGGGUAUAACAGAUAUUGCCAAAAGAUUAGAUGAACAAAAAAGUCGUGCAUUAACAAUAACAGAUUUAUUUACCCCUUCAGGGGAAACGUUACGUGGAAAGUUGAAAGAUUAUUGUGUGAGAUUGAUAACCAAAGAUCCUGUUGGAUAUGCACGUAAAACCGAAGAAUUAUUAUGGAGAAAGGCAUUUUAUGAUAUUGUCUAUGUAUCUAAAAAAUUGCGAAAGGGCAACACGUGGACUGAGGCAGAAAAAGCAAUGUUAUGUGUUCAUUUGGCAGUAGGGAUUGGUUUUUAUCAUCAUUUAAUAUUGAAGGUGCAAUUAGAAUAUAAUUUAGAUCUAGUUGGUACUAUUGAUUUUGCAUUCAUGCAAAAUGAAACUAGAUCAAAUGCAAAGAGUAAAACAAGUCAAUCUAAGCAUCACACCGAAGAAGUGAAACACUGUGUUAUGCGUUUAAUUCAUAGAAGUUUGGUAUGCCUUGGGGACUUAGCUAGAUACAAAUUAGAAUUAGAUCCAUAUUGGGAUUCAAUGAUAGCAAACAGAUAUUAUAAAAUGGCUAUAGCAAUUGAUCCAAAUAUUGGAAUGCCGCACAAUCAAUUGGGUACUGUAGCAGGGAAUAAAAAUUAUGGCCUUGAUGCUGUGUACCAUUACAUGAGAUGUGUUUUGUGUACUGAACCAUUUGAAGGUGCAGAAGGAAAUUUAAAAAGAGCUAUUGUUACACACUCGAUUUGUACCGAUGAAAAAUGUCCUACACACAUGUGUGUAUCCAGAUUGUUUUCUUUGCUACAAUUAUGGGAUUAUGAUGUACCAAAUUCUGAUAGAAUAAAUCAAGAAUGUCAGGAUCUUCUGACUAAUAUCGAAACUUGCUUAAGUGUAGAACAACCAGAAGCUGGCAAUACAAAAUACAAUGAAAAGGAAUGCAACAUUGAAGUAUAUCUUCAGAACUGCAAAAAUGGACAAACAAAUUACUUAACAGAUGAUAUGAUAUUCAAAAUUGUAGCUAUAUGCUUAAUGUCUAUUUCAAGAUUAAAAGCGAAAGAAUCAAGUGAGGUACAGGGUGUAGUAGCUAUAACUUUGGCAAUAUUAUCUCAACUAAUGCAAUUUACAAUAACAAGAUUACAAGAGUCUUUUAUAGACUUGCCAUUGCCAAACAUAGAAUUAGAUAUAAACUUGAAGGAUAACGAACGCAAUAGUGAAUCUAUAAAUGUUGAAGAAAAGAUUAAUCUAAAGCAAUCGAAUUCAAAUGAAAAUAAUAAUAAAUCUACAAUUAUAAAUGACAAUAAAACAUGUGAAAAAGGAAGUGCAGAAGAUAACGGAGAUGUUCAUAAUGGUACACGGAAAAUUCGGGAGAAACCUAAAAGUUUACUCACGAAGCUUCGACGAAGAAAACGAAAAAAUAGCAGUGAAUCAGAUGCGAGUGACGUUGAUCAUACAACUUCUAGCGACGAAAUAAAUUCUGAUAUAUCUGAAACGGAAGAUGAUAUAUUGAGCGAAGAAAAUGUUUUAUCGGAUGAUGCGCUGUCUGAAGAUGUUACGGACGAUGAAGGGACGUGUGUAGAAAGAAAUGAAGAAACUGCUGAAAAUUCUGAAACAAAGAAAUUAAAUGGACAUAUAGAAACAAAAACAGAAAGUGAAAUUUCUGAUACAAUUAAUGAUCAUAUACAAAAUGGUGAGCAAAUACCCGAUGAUCAAGUAGAUAAAAAACUGAAUGAUAAAGAUUCGGUAACUAAUUCCGGCAGUACAGUAACAAUUAGUUCGAAUAAUAUAUUGGAAGAAAAUGGUGAAUCAUCGGAUAGAAUCAUGUAUGUUGCUCAAUUAAAAAAACAAAAUUUGAAACCAGAUGAAGUAUUGAAAAUUUUAAUUGGAAAAGAAAUACUCGCAUCUAUUAAAAUAUGUUGUGAUUGGUUAAGAAGUAAUCCAGAUAUUAUUAGAAUAUGUGGAAAAAGCUCGCGUACUUUAUUGAAACGCGUUACAAUUUUAUUAAAUUUGAUUAAUAUAAAUGCGGAUGCGUUGUUGAAAAACUGUAAGGAUGACGGUAUGAUUUUAUCAAGUGUCGAUAAAUUAAUGGAAUGUGUUAAAGUAAUUCCAUUGCCGGAGGACAUUGAUUUGAGAGGUUUAAAUCUUUUAGAAGAAUCCCACAAAUCUCUUAAUUGGAAAAUGCUGCAUAAACAUAAAAUUAAUAAACGGGAAGAGACUGUGUUAAGAGUGCUAAAGUUGAUUGAAUUUGGGCAUUUUCUUAGCUCUGUAGAAGAUGCUGGUGUAAAAUAUGAACAGACAAAAGAGUUAUUUGUAACUAUUGAUUUAAAUGCUUCUAAUUCAGGAAAGGGUAGUGGCAAAGAUUGGGAGAUGGAUCAUUCACGAGGAAAGUUAAUGAGACAUAUGGGAAAGUUAUGGUUAAAAGCAGAAGUUAGCGCUUUAGAGACUCGUUUAAGAUCUCGACUGAUGUCUCCUUACCUUGUACCUGAUCAUGAGGCUUUAUCCAAGCAUACACCAGCUCUUAAACGUUUGGUGUAUGCUAAGAAAUUUAUCGUUGUGAUUCCUAGCGUUGUUGUUUCUGCAUUGGACGAAGUAAAACGCGUCAGUGGCCGGGCAAGAGAAGCAACACGCUGGUUAGAAACUCAAUUAAAACGGGGUUCGAGAUUUUUACGAGCUCAAAGACCACACGAGCGUUUAGCUCUACCAUUUAUAAAAGGACCAAGACCAAAGGAUAAAGAAGCGUGGUUAUUUUUUCAAAUUAUAGAAUGCUGUCACUACCUUACUCAACAAACAAAAGUUGGUAUGACGAGUGAUGCAGAAACACCAGUUGUAACAUUAUUAACCGGUUGCAAUCCAGAUGAUAAAAAAGUUCUCACCUUCAGCCCUGAGGGAUUGGCAAAAAGUGCAGGUGUCAAUAUUGAAUAUAUUGAGUCAUUUCAUACAAAGUGGAAAGCAUCAAGUAAAAGUCAUGGUUGAACAUAUUUGGCUAACGAAGAUGAUCAUCUGCUGCUUCCUCAUACUGAAGUGAAGGUAAAAGAGUUGGGCCCUUCUUGAGAGCUGCAAAUACGGUGAGAUACAGCAUUAGCUGAGCGGGCGAGUCAGAGAGGGCUGGAAACCCAGAAAGGAAAAUCGACGGUUCUCCUGCAAUACAGCCAGUGGAAUUAAUAUUUUUUUCCAUGGACGAAUUCUUAACAAUAAAAUGGUUUUGCUUUUAAUUACUCGUAUGGUCUUUUAUGUUUAAAAAAAAUUGUAUUUUUAGGUAAAUUUUUUUCAAUAAAACUAAAUGUCAUUCAAGUUUUUUCAAAUGUGAAAGAAUUCCAUGGGAAAACAAAUGAAACUAUAAACUAAAUGUGUGUAGCGUUAAAAAUGUGUGUUCUUUAAUUAUAAUUAAUUUUUAUUGAGAUAAAAAUAAAUCGUGUUAUCAGUU